UCGCAUGGAAAUGUUGUGAAGCGGCAGGCGUUUGUAGUAGUAAUGUUGUAUUAGUGUUUGAGGUCGAAACUUUAUGUUCUGAUUCUAAAACAAUAUACAGCUAUCUUUUUUUAAGUGCCACAUAAGCUACAAUAUCAUUUAGCCUACUGGUAUAGGUUGAUAUGUUUUUGUGGUUUGUUUACGUGGGAAGCCAUCAUCUUUCACCAGCUUAAGAUUUGAAAUAUCUGAGGCUACGUGGUUAGCCAGCCAGACCUGGCAGAAUCGCUGCUACAUUGUUCUAAACGCUACUGUUUGGGACAUCACCCAUUUUUGAACUGUAUGUCUACAUUGCUUCAUAAUUUAGUUAAUAACAUUAAACGUUAUUGUGGCUGAAGGACAGCAAUGUCACAGCUAUUAGCAUAGGCUACAGUAUCCCAAGCUCAGUGAUCUUGAAAAUACGUGCGUGACAUGGGCAUGUAACGGUGACCUAUUUUCCGACUGGUUCGGUCUUGAACUUUCUGCCAGUCCACUUUACGCGUAGAACUAGCCCUAUCCCAUGGAACCUAUUACUCGAACAGUUGAUUACGCUGACACUGGAUCAGUAUUUUUACACAGCGGUUUAAUGCACCUGUGGAUGGCACGCUAGUGCUGAACAAAACUGCCGUGCGUAAUGUCGGUGACUUCCAUGCUACGUUGCGCCGCAAGGUUGCAACACAAAUGUGCUGCUGCAGUUCUAAUGCAGAAGAGACAUCUCUCGGGUGCAGAGGCCAUUAAUGCUUUGCGGCCCUUCUACUUUGCUGUACAUCCAGACUUCUUUGGUCAGCAUCCUCGGGAGAGGGAAGUAAAUGAAAACUCAUUGAAAAGACUGAACGGCUACUUGGAAAAUCUUCAAAAGCCCGGGGCUCGUUCUGUGAAACCAACAAAACUUACUUUUUACGUUCGGGACACCAAGGCAAAAACAGACAUGGAACAAGAGCUCCUACCCUCAGGGUUUCGCACAGUGAGCUUCACACUGCAGACAAAGGAUGUGCUCAGCACGGUGCUGGAUGUCCUGCAGUCUUGCAGUCUGUCCAUGGAGCACAUGCAGGGUCUGAAGGCCAGCAGCGCCCGGCGCAGCAGGACCAGCGCUGGCCCAGAGGUCCCCGCGGGAGCAACCCCCUUCUACAGGCCCAUCAAGUGGGACAAGAGCUACUACAGCUUCACCGGCUUCAGAGACCCAGAAGAGGAGCUUCAGCAUGCCAAAACAGUUGAACCUAGUCUGAGUCUGUGGCUGAGGACCAACGAGUCGGAAGCCAGUCAGAAGCAGAAGGCGAGUCAGCUGCGCAGAGAUGAGCUGGAGAGGCUCAAGACCGAACUGUGCGAGAAACUCUGCCUCACAGACAUCAGGUGGCAGCGUACCUGGGGAAUGGCCCACCGCUGCAGCCAGCUCCAGAGUCUGAGCCGCCUCGCCCUGCAGAGUCCAGAGGCUCUCCACAACCUCAGGGGCCACACAAUACUGUACAGUGACCAGUCAGGGAUGAACGCCUCAGGACACGUGAUGUUGGGAACCACUGACGUCCACCACCACUGGACUAAGGUCUUUGAGAGGCUCCCGAGCUACAGGAGUCUUUACCAGCAGACUGAGUGGCUGAAAGAACGCAUCAGCCUGCUGCUGGGUGGUGUGCAGGUCAUCCACGUGGAGCAUCUGGGCCCUGUGCUGCCCCUGGAGGACCACUACAGCACCCUGAACCACUUCCACAAGCGGCUGGUGCCCCACCGCCUCGCCCUGCACCCCCGCAGCCUGCGGGGCCUCAGCAUGACCCUGGAGAGUGGGCGAUCCAGCAUUAGUCUGCACGAGAUGGGUCACUUUAUAAUCCCGGCCGCGUGUGACCCCAGCCAGCUCCGCAACUUCCUCCAGACACAAGCUAAUGAGGCUCGACAGCGCCUGAGACGAAGGGACCAGCUGGAGGCUGAUGAGGAGGAGGUGGUGGAGGAGUGCUUGCGGAGCCUGUCCCUGGCGGGGCUGUCCAAGGAGCCCAGCGUGUCCAUGGGCCAGAUGAUCCCCUGCUGCCGGCGGCUCCUGGAGGAGCGCUUCCCCCUGCUGCAGGGUCUGCGCCUCCGCAUAGCGCACUUCUACUCCGUCAUGCAGGACGGGGACCUCUGCAUACCCUGGGACUGGAAGGGCUAAUUCAUGUUGCUUUUACAAGCACACAUACACAUCCGCACGUGCACACACAGACUGGAAGGCUUAAACAGCUUUUUAUACACACACAGACACAC